AUGGAUCCAAGGCUAUCCAAAGCAGCACAAUAUGGAGACAUUGCUACACUAAAUGCUGCAUUACUGGAAGAAGAUCCACUGAUCUUGGAAAGAGUUGCUCUUGUAGGCUUCUCUGAAACUCCCCUCCAUGUUGCUGCGCUGGCCGGAAGGACUGACUUUGUCAAGGAGAUGAUCAGCAGGAAGCCUACCUUUGCAGAGGAAGUGAACCGAGAUGGGUUUAGCCCCUUGCACAUAGCUUCAGCCGCCGGGAACAUUGAGAUGGUGAGAGAGCUCUUGACGCUUGGUGACAGCCUUUGCCUUCUCCGAGACAACGGCGGCCGAACUCCCCUUCACUUUGCUGCCAUCAAGGGGAGAGUCCAUGUAGAGGAAGAGUUGCUGUCCAAGUGUCCCCAGGCUAUCAGAGAAGUAGCAGUCGGGGGAAGCAACGCGCUUCACCUAGCUGUGAAAAAUAACCAGUUUGAAGCCUUCAAAAUGCUGCUCGAAAAGCUCAAUGACGAUGAUGGAGAACUCGUAAACGCAAAGGAUAAUGAAGGCGAUACGGUCCUGAAACUGGCUAUGGCUAAAAAACAACUCCAGGUAAAUUAA